UUGUUCAGACAUGUCAGAAGUUAACGGUUCUAAUAUGUGAGAGGAAAUUAACACCGAUGGAUUUCAUUGCUAUCAGGAUUCGACUAGUAUACAAAUGGACAAACAAUUACCCGUUAAUAAUAAAAAAGAAUUUGGAAUUGUACAUCUUGAGGAGCAAUAUAUUGUUGGCGACGUCUAUUUGGGGGCUCUUAGUAACGUGGUUCACAAAAAACACGGCAGAAAUCGGUCUCCUUGAUGGCCCCUUGUCUCUUUAAGAGGAAUUCAUCCAGCGUUCCUUUCAGACCCCAAAAGCCUCCCCCAACUACCUGCUUUUGAACGUUGACGCUUUGACUGUCGGAAAGUCCCGUUCGUUUCUAUCGCAUCUAUGCCAGCAGGCGGUAAACUGAUCCCGGAUACACGCUUUUGCAAGACCAUUAUUUGCCUGACAAAGGUGGUCAAGGCCUCUCAGAAGAGCAGCAAUCUUAUCAACAUACCACAGAAUCCUGUCUUGGCUUUUCAGUCAAGAUCCAGUUUGUUCUCACAGACACUGAAAGGACAUCAGUAAGAAGGUGAAGCAGCACAGUCUGAGUCUGAAUCCUACUGUAGCUAGAUCAAGCUCAAACGAAUAAAAGCAGACAUCUAAAACCUACACCUGAACUUAGGAACAAGGGACAUGACUCCUGCCAGUUAAAUACAACAAAGAACAAAUCGUAUUUUCUGUAUUACUGCUGAACAAGUCCUCCCCACGGACAUCCACCUGCGGUUGGCCCCAUGAUGAAUAACAGCAGCAGACCCUGGUGGGAUGAGCUAUCCUGGGACCAGUCAGGCCAGUGCCGCACCUCGGUGAGCAGCACGACUUUCCUCAUUGUGGCGUACAGCGCCGUGAUUGCCGUCGGCCUCAUCGGCAACACCUGCCUCGUCUUCAUCAUCUCCCGGCAGAAGGAGAUGAGGAACGUCACCAACAUCUUCAUCGCCAACCUCUCCUGUUCCGACAUCCUCAUGUGCAUCGUCUGCCUGCCAGUCACUGUCAUCUACACCCUGAUGGACCGAUGGAUCCUGGGAGAAGCCCUCUGCAAGGUCACGCCUUUCGUCCAGUGCAUGUCUGUCACGGUCUCCAUCUUCUCCAUGGUGCUUAUCGCCCUGGAGCGCCACCAGCUCAUCAUCCACCCUACGGGCUGGAAGCCGGUGGUGGGUCACUCCUACCUAGCAGUGGCUGUCACCUGGAUGGUGGCUUGCUUCAUCUCCUUGCCAUUCCUCUCGUUCAACAUUCUCACCAACGCCCCCUUCCAGAACCUGAGCCUCCCUUACAAUCCAUUCACGGACCACGUGAUCUGCAUGGAGCUUUGGCCAUCCGAGCGUAACCGGCUGGCCUACACUACGUCGCUGCUGCUCUUCCAGUACUGCCUGCCCCUGUCCCUCAUCCUCGUCUGCUACCUGCGCAUUUUCUUGCGGCUACGACGGAGGAAGGACAUGGUGGAAAGAACGCGGGACCCCCGGCAGAAGAAAGCAAAGGGGUCCAAGAGGGUCAAUGUCAUGCUGGCCUCCAUCGUGGCUGUCUUCGCCCUCUGCUGGUUACCACUCAAUGUCUUUAACACGCUGUUCGACUGGCACCACUGGGCGAUCCCCUCCUGCCAGCAUGACAUCAUCUUCUCUGCCUGCCACCUGACGGCCAUGGCGUCCACCUGCGUCAACCCUGUCAUCUAUGGCUUCCUCAACAGCAACUUCCAGAAGGAGCUGAGGGCUGCGCUAUACCGAUGCCGAUGCUGGGGGGCGCCGGAGAGCUAUGAGAGUUUCCCCCUCUCCACAGUAAGCAUGGAGGUCACCAAAAUGUCUUCUUUGAGUGUAAUUACCUAGCUACCCAGCCCCUCUGCAAAAUCAACACAGAGUAAGAGAGAGUAUAAAACAAGCAUGAAUCUUUCAUAAGCCAUAUGGUUCCACAUUUUGUAGUUAAUGAAACUGGUACAUCUGCUUCUUACGUGUUUAAUUUCACUUAAGAAUCAGAACAUGACAGAAUAUUCAACUGAAACUGCCUAAGGAAAUUGGCCAAUUGUAUUUUUCACAAAAAUGCUUUAAUAUUGUACCAUAUGUUACUUGCUUUUCCAUUUUUUUUACUGUGUAUGUUGUGUGUUUACCAUGCAAGUCUCUGCUAAAAUGUUAGAUUGAUUGUUGUCCUAUUUUCUGCUAGUUUGUAAAGCACUGAAUGUUGACCUUUGUACUUAAUACAGUAGCACAGGUGAACCAGCAAUCUUUAUCAUUAUAUCCAAAGAAAGUCAUUCCAAAUGAUGAAAAGUGUUUAUGAUUAUGGAUUCCACUUCUGAAGACAUUUUAGUUUUUUUUUCUUACAAAGCCUCUAUAACCUAAAUGCUUAAAUCCAUAAAGACCGAAAAACACAGGUUCAUCCCAUUUUUUUCAAUGGCCAAACCUGUUCUUUUUUGUAAUAGAUGACUGUUUAGUUCAGAUGCUGGCUCCAUUUGCUGCUCCAUUCAGAUGUCAUUAUGCAUGAUAAAAUUCUGUGCUCUACGCUCUGUUUCCAUAGCAUAUGCUAGCUGCUCUGUUAGCGGGUAUUUAUCUGAGCUUAAGGUCACUGCAAGCAUGCAGCUGAAUUUCAAAUAUGUAAAUCAAUUUAUCGUUUUUCUGAAGAUCGCCGUGAAAUAUUUAUACAUUUAAUAACUAGCUCUUCUGUUUUUUUUUUUUAAUGUAUGCUUUUUCAUUCUGGUCAUGGACGUCUUGCUUUCUCUUUGGGAUUUUUGCGCUUCACCAGUCCUCGAAGGCAAUGUAUGAGAAGUAACGCACUGUGUGUCUGUCCCACAUGAACACAUUUCAGGCCAUUAUUUUGCUUGCCAUACCGUGUGCUUCUACAUGUGUUCAUAUUAAAAACAAGUGGAUUUUUAUUUUGGGUGCUAAACCCAAAAUUAUUUUUAAACAACAGGUAUUGUAGUUAAUAUCGUUGCCGUUUUAUGAGCAGUGAAGAGCCUGCAAGCUCUCGUUUCACUUCUGUAUGUCAAGGAAAGGCAAAGAACAUGGAAGGAUUUAUGUUUGACUCCUCUGCAUACUGACAUAUUUCAACUGAGAGAAAACAAGUGGCACAAAUAACAUCUGCCUUUCAUCUAGCCCUGCUGUUCUAACCUUGGAAUGGCCUAUUUUCAUCGAUCCCACAUACCAUCUAUUUGAUUACUGGCUCUCAGUUCUGGUCCAACAAGAUAGGUUGAUUUUUGAUAAGUAAACACUGAUAUGAUAAUAUUUUUGCAGUUUUAUUCUUAUCCGUAUUUAGGACACUCAUGGGAGUUUUACUUACACAAAAAUGAUCAGUUCAGAGAGAUAACCAAUCAGAUUGUAGAGGA